AUGAGUUUGCGGGGACAGAUUUUCCGGUCCAGGAAAACAACCCAAUCCAACUGCCAUGUGUUUAUCAGCCAUAGGCGGAUCGAUACGAAUAAAAAUGUCGCAGGGCUUUUAUAUGAUCACUUUUCCAGGCUAAAUUUGAGACCAUUCUUGGACAACAAGUCAAUGAAGCCUGGGGACAAGUUAUUCAAGAAAAUAGAUGCGGCCAUACGUGAUUGUAAGGUAGGGAUCGCCGUCUUAUCGCCGAAUUAUUGCGACUCCUAUUUUUGCCUGCACGAGUUGUACAUGAUGAUCAUAGAGUGCAGGAAGAAGGUUAUUCCUAUUUUUGUUGACGUGAAACCCUCAGAGCUUAGGGUUUUGGAUAAUGGAAGAUGUCCAACAACAGAACUAUUUAGGUUUAGAGAGGCUAUUGAGGAGGCCAAGAACACUGUUGGUCUGACAUUCGACUCAUCAAAUGGGGAUUGGUCGAAUCUGGUUAAGAAAGCUUCGGACGGCGUUAUGAAAAACUUGCUGGAGGUUGAAGGAGAGACACUAGGUCAGAAGCAGACUUUUGUUAUCGAGUUUUUGGAUAUGGAGUUUUCUUAUUUAGAUGUGGGUAUAAGAUGGUUUUGGAUAUUUGGGAAAAGUUUCCCCAUAGGGAAUUGGCGACCUAGAUUUACACGUGGGCACCCUGUGGUUACGUGGAUGUAUUACAUGACAAAGGAGGGUUUAUUGGCGCCUAAAAAAUCACAUACGUACCCUACCACUACUACCACCACCGCAUCUUAUACCCUAUUACUAAUACCACCACCACCACAUCUUAUGAAAUACUACUACCAUUAUCCAGAACUGCGUGGUGGUGAUUGGCUCUGGGAACGGUUGGGUUAUAAGGGUGGAAUUGUGCUUGUGUCACAACUCGGGACAGCGUGCUUGUGUCACAACCCGGUGAAGCUUUUGUUUAUUCCUUCUGUGGUCGCCGAUCGGAGAACUGGGUAG